CCAGGAACGGCGCGACGCAUGAACGGCCAUCAGUAAUUUCUCCAAUUUUCCAAUUUUUGACUCCUCAGCGGCAUGGAAACUUACGACACGUAAAUCAUUGCUACAUCUCCUCCAUCAAUCGCUUUUUCUCGAGCAAUUUGGGGGGGGCCUUUAUCCCGAGAGAAGGAACGCGUCAAUUGCCACAACGGGCGGGUAGAGGGGGAGCAUCAGAACCACAACAAGACCUCGGAUCGUGCCAAAUUGGACAUGACAGCCGCAUCACCCACCCCGAUGGGCAAUGCCCAAGAUCCUCGUUUACUUCGCAGAACAUCCCAACGUCAAGCCCUUCGACGACCACCAUCACGACAGCAAUUGAGCCGCAGUGCAUCCCAACCUUCCCAACCGGUCCAUUCAGCGGAUGAUGGUCCUAUGGCGCCUACGAAACCCGAAUCCCAACAAUACUCUAUCAACGAAAGCUCCGAUGACGAGAUCCCUGUGCCUAUGAAGCUCAGUGCUCUCACCAAGGCGCUCCUGAAGGACGACGGUUCCGAGGCGCCGCGACCCGCAUCACCACCACGGACUAGGCGUCGGGCUAGUAAUCUGGCUGCAUCGACAUCCUCGCAGGCCGAAGAACGAAGACAUUUGCGGUCCGGAAGCGUGCACACCUACGAAACAAGAUCAUCUCGGCCUGCUUCCCCGAGUAGACAAAGUAGGGAGAGUCGCGAAAACAGCCCCGUCCGGAAGCGGGUUGUGCGGUUGAGUAACACGCCCAGAAGUCUCGGUCAGCUACCCACAACCAAGCGGCGAUCUACCUCUACGUCGCAAACAUCACAACGAAGCCGUAACUCUGGGAAACCCGAGAGUCGCGAUCAAUCAUCUGACGAGAAAGCACAAACCGAUUCACAACCGAGUGCCAACACGGACACGACUCCUGCCAAGGGAGUCCGUGUUGUUCGCAUUGCAGCAGGAUCCUCUGGCAAUCGCGGCCGGUUGGGAAGUUCCUCCCACAGUUUUCGGCGUUCGGGCUCGCAUUUGGAGCAAGACUAUCCCGACGAACCCGCCACGGCUGCUCGGAAUGGCGUGUCUGUCGUGCCAGGUAGUGAAUCUCGACAGGCGUCCAACGGAAGCCGAAGCUCCAGGCCCGAGGACAACCUUGCUCUCCAGAGCUCUAUGCGUAUCAAGCGCGUGGGGAAAGUGCCCGGCAGCUUUCUUAGCGGACCCGCUCGACGUGGACGACGGAGACAGAGCGAGGAGGAAGCCGAGGAGAAUGCCGAUGGCGAGGCCGUUAUCUCGAGUCGGGAACCCGACGGUCAAGCACCUGAGGUGGAACAGGAACAGGAACAGGAACCUCCUUCGUCCUUUUACGGACACGGACGCAGCUUUGCAUCGGGCAGUCCCGUGGCUCCCAGUGGUCCUUCUAGGGCGGCGUACCGCAGGCAUGCCUCCCACGCGGACCUCCUAUCCUCCACAAAGCCACCUGGGGACGAAAAUCGAAAUCACGAAAACGUCGCAGAGGAUGAGAUUCCCUUCAAGCUGCCCUCCAUCCGGCCGCAGCUUCCAUCAAGGCUCGACCAAGAGAACGCACCCGGCUCCACCUUGAAACGAGCGAAGCCUCCCGUCAGUAUCGUUGCGGAGAAGGAACUCGACAUUCCCAAGCGACCCGCUAGUACCGACAUUGGCAGUUUGCGCUCCGCCGCUUCCUCCGAUCGGAAACCGUUGGCAUCGCUCGGCCAGAACACGCCUCACCGUCCCGCACCGCCGCCGCCACCCCCGAAGAUGUCGGUCUUGCAGGCAGCCACCGCAUCCGCUGGAGCGGCGACAACGUCGCAGGGAAAACAGAGGCGGAACAUCAUUCGGGUCAAUGGCAAGUCGUAUACCCGUCUGGACUGCCUGGGACGAGGCGGCAGUGCCAAGGUUUAUCGUGUGACGGCUGAGAACGGGGCCAUGUUCGCCUUGAAGCGCGUCUCUCUCGAGCAGGCCGACGAGAUGACCAUCAAGGGAUAUCGGGGGGAAAUCGACCUCCUCGGGAAGCUGACGGGGGUCGACCGGGUUAUCAACUUAUUCGACUACGAAAUGAACGACGAAAAGAGGAUGCUGACCUUGCUUAUGGAGAUGGGUGAGCUGGACCUAAACUCGCUUCUGCGUAAUCGACACAACCCCGAGUCCGCCAAGUUUGAUCCUGUCUUUGUACGAUUCUACUGGAAGGAGAUGCUCGAAUGCCUCCAAUCGGUCCAUCAGUACGAUAUCGUGCACUCCGACUUGAAGCCGGCCAACUUCGUUUUGGUCAAAGGCCGAUUGAAGCUUAUCGACUUUGGCAUUGCGAAUGCCAUCCAGACAGACGAGACGGUCAAUGUUCACCGCGAGACCCAGAUCGGUACGCCGAAUUACAUGUCGCCCGAGUCCCUCAUGGAUUACAACGCCCCUCGCGGCGCCCGCGUCCCUGGCCGACCCAAGCUCAUGAAACUGGGAAAACCCAGUGAUAUCUGGUCAUUAGGGUGCAUCCUCUACCAGAUGGUCUACGGCAUGCCCCCUUUCGGUCAUAUUGCGAACCAGAUGGCAAGAUGCCAAGCCAUCAUCAACUGGGAUCACCAGAUCGAGUUCCCCGCGCGGGCCAUGGGUGGCGUACCGGUGCCCCCGUCCCUCAUGCAGACCAUGAAGCGAUGCCUGAACCGCGAGAUCAAUAUGCGGCCCACCUGCGAAGAGCUGCUCCGCGAAACAGACCCGUUCUUGUACCCAUGCGAACUUCACGACAAGGCGCUUCCAAUUGACGAGGAAUUGCUUGCUCGUAUCAUUCAGAGUGUUGUCACGCGAUGUCGCGAGCGCAUGCCGACUGAGGCCGAGGCGCAGUCUGUCUGGCCAGGCGCUUAUUGGCAGAGCGUCAAAAAGGCGACGGACGCGACCAGGACAUCAUAAGCCCAUGGUCAGCUGGUGGGCUUAGACUUGCUGUUAUUGGAUACGUGCCAGGGAAGAACAAAACGAAUGAACUGCAUCGCAAGGAUGGAUCCUUGGAUGAUGGCGUUGUUUUUCAGGCGUCACCUUUUUUUUUCUUUUUUUUUUUCUUGAUGUUUUCGGUCUCUGUUUUGAUCAUGACGAUUGGGGGAGCGAUUCAUACAUUCAUUGAUUCCAUACACUUUUUACCUCCCAUCAUUGUUCCAUAGACCCAUACCCCCCAGGGGCGGUCUAUUUUCAGCCCGUCCCUAUAUUGCGAAAGGAGACGGAAAAGUCAGGUUGCUAUUAUAGGCUUGGUGGCUUGGAGUUCACGCUUCUCGGCUAUUCAUUCAUAGUUUCCCCUCGAGACCCUGCCCUCGUAUCAGGACAUGUUACUUUCAUCCAUUGAAGGCUUGCAUAAGGUAGAUAUGGCGUCUUGCUGUAGCUAGAGUUUUGGUUUCAAAUUUCAUCUGCUGCUUGUGU